CGGCGGCAGCGGCUCGUGCUCGGCCCGUGAUCUGCCGGGGCUCUCGAGAGCGCUCGGCCCCCCUGCUUUCCGCCCGCCGCAGCGCGCCCCCCGCACCCGCGCUCGGCCCCGCGGAGGACGGCCAUGCCGCCGCGGCGCAGCAUCGUGGAGGUGAAGGUGCUGGACGUGCAGAAGCGGCGGGUGCCCAACAAGCAUUAUGUCUAUAUCAUCCGGGUUACCUGGUCCAGCGGCUCCACAGAGGCCAUUUACCGGCGCUACAGCAAGUUCUUUGACCUCCAGAUGCAGAUGUUGGACAAAUUUCCCAUGGAAGGAGGACAGAAGGAUCCCAAACAGCGGAUCAUUCCCUUUCUGCCAGGCAAAAUUCUCUUCCGAAGGAGCCAUAUCCGGGACGUGGCCGUCAAACGCCUCAUACCGAUUGAUGAGUACUGUAAGGCCCUGAUCCAGCUGCCCCCCUACAUCUCUCAGUGUGAUGAGGUCCUGCAGUUCUUUGAGACAAGACCCGAGGACCUGAAUCCACCCAAAGAGGAGCAUGUUGGGAAAAAGAAAUCUGGGGGUGACCUGACCUCAGUGGACCCCAUGGUCCUGGAGCAGUAUGUGGUAGUGGCUGACUACCAGAAGCAGGAGAGCUCAGAGAUCAGCCUCAGCGUGGGGCAGGUGGUGGACAUCAUCGAGAAGAACGAGUCAGGUUGGUGGUUUGUCAGCACUGCCGAAGAGCAAGGCUGGGUCCCCGCAACCUGCCUGGAGGGGCAGGAUGGUGUGCAGGAUGAGUUUUCCCUACAGCCCGAAGAAGUCUCAUGGAGGUACUGGUCUUUGCCCCGGCCCAUGGGCCGCCGCCGGACUCUGGGGGACUUGUAUGCUACCAGCUGGCGUCAAGAGGAGAAGUACACAGUUAUCUACCCAUACACAGCUCGUGACCAGGAUGAAAUGAAUCUAGAGAGAGGGGCCGUGGUGGAAGUCAUUCAGAAAAACCUGGAAGGCUGGUGGAAGAUCAGGUACCAGGGCAAAGAGGGCUGGGCCCCAGCCUCCUACCUGAAGAAGAACAGUGGGGAGCCCUUACCCCCAAAGCUGGGCCCUGGUUCAUCCGCCCACACCGGCGUUCUGGAUCUGGAUGGCGUUUCCCGGCAGCAGAGUUCAAUGGGCCGGGACAGGGAGCUGCUCAACAACCAACGGGACGGCCGGCUUGAAGGCCGCCCAGUGCCUGAUGGCGACAUCAAACAGAGAUCACCCAAGAUGAGGCAGAGACCGCCUCCGCGCCGGGAUAUGACCAUACCUCGUGGUCUCAACCUGCCCAAGCCUCCCAUUCCACCCCAAGUGGAGGAAGAGUAUUACACCAUUGCCGAAUUCCAGACGACCAUCCCUGAUGGCAUCAGCUUCCAAGCAGGUCUGAAGGUUGAGGUAAUCGAGAAGAACUUGAGUGGCUGGUGGUACAUUCAGAUUGAAGAUAAGGAAGGAUGGGCCCCGGCAACCUUCAUUGACAAGUAUAAGAAGACCAGCAAUGCCUCAAGACCCAACUUUCUGGCUCCCUUGCCCAACGAGGUGACCCAGCUCCAUCCAGGGGAUGCAGCAGCCGUGGAGACCAACACGGGCAGUGAGGCCAUCGGCCCCUCCCGGCCCUUGCCCGAUGCACCACAUGCUGCUGUGGACUCCGGGAUGCCGUGGUCCAAAGACUGGAAGGGCGGCAAGGAGGCCCUGAGGAAGGCGUCUUCUGACAUGUCCUCAUGCGCCGGCUAUGAAGAGAUCUCAAGCCCCGACCUGGAGGAGAAGCCCAGCCUCCCUCCCCGGAAAGAAUCCAUCAUCAAGUCAGAAGGGGAGCUGCAGGAGAGGGAGCGGCAGAGGAUGGAGCAGCUCAGGGGCUCCUCGCCCAAACCUCCAGGCAUGAUUUUGCCAAUGAUUCCAGCCAAACACACGCCCCCGGCCCGGGACAGCAGGAGGCCAGAGCCCAAACCUGACAAAAGCAAGUUGUUCCAACUGAAAAAUGAGAUGGGGCUAGAGUGUGGCCACAAGGUCUUAGCCAAGGAGGUGAAGAAGCCCAACCUCCGACCCAUCACCAAGUCCAAAGCUGACCCACCGGAGGAGAAGCCGGAGGUUAUGCCCCAGAAUCCCUUCUUGAAGUCCAAACCUCAGGUUAGGCCCAAGCCAGCUCCUUCCCCGAGGACAGAGCCACCUCAGGGCGAAGACCAAGUGGAUAUCUGCAACCUCAGGAGCAAGCUGAGGCCCGCCAAGUCCCAAGAGAAGCCCUCACUGGAUGGAGAGAGCAGCCCCCAGGCUGUCGGGGGCCAAGAUGUGGCCUUCAGCCGGAGUUUCCUCCCAGGUGAUGGGCCUGGCCACGCCCAGGACCGGACGGGCAGACAGGAUGGGCUCAGCCCAAAGGAGAUGUCCUGCAGAGCCCCUCCAAGGCCAGCCAAGACCACAGAUCCGGUGCCGAAGAGUGCAUCCGCCCCUGUCCAAGAGGCUCCCCCGCAGAGACCUGUGGUCCUGCCCCGGAGACCACCACCCCCUAAGAAAACCUCUUCAGCCUCCAGGCCCCUCCCAGAGGUCAGAGGGCCACAACGGGAAGCCAGUGAAGGCAAGGCAGCUCCUGCCCCAGGCCGGGCCCUGCUGGUCCCUCCUAAAGCCAAACCUUUUCUUUCUAACUCCUCAGGCAGCCAAGAUGACAUGCGAGGCAGAGGUGGUCUGGGACCACGGAUGGUGGGCAAGAUCGGAGAGAACAGAGAGAAACUAGCUGCAACCCCUUUUCCCAAUUCUGAUGGCCCGAAGGACUCUUUAUAUGUGGCGGUGGCCAACUUCGAAGGAGAUGGAGAUACCAGCAGCUUCCAGGAGGGGACGGUGUUCGAGGUCCGGGAAAAGAACAGCAGUGGCUGGUGGUUCUGCCAAGUCCUGAGCGGGGCCCCUUCCUGGGAAGGGUGGAUUCCUUCCAACUAUCUCAAAAAGAAGCCAUAGCCACCUCCUUCCCUGCCUGGCAAUCCCGUGCAUCUCUGCUGGCUUUACCCACGUUUUUAAUUUAUCACCCUUCAUGCAGCUUCAAAGGAAGGAAGACUCUAGAGCACUGUGGUUUCUUCCCUCCCUUGGGUGGAGAGCAGUCGCCCUCACUGCAGCAUGGCCUGGAGGCUCAGAGGCCACACCCCCUGCUUCCUCUCCAAGUCAGCAUCCCUGCCUUAAGGCCAGUGGCAUUGCCACCCUCUGUAGGCCACCUAACAGCAGGACCGUGACUCUCCAAGGCCUCCAAGACCAGAACCCAUUGUCUGGAAACUGCAGAAACAGUCUCAUUGCUGGUAACCCACCCAGUCUGUGAUGGCUGGCUCCAACUUCUCCAUGUUUCUAGAAGUCCAGGGACUUUAUUUACUCCGUUUCCAAAAUGGUGGGUGCCAGGAAGAAUUCCUGCCCUGGAAGUUGGCUCCAUUGCCAGUCCCAGAGAGAUGUCCUCCUCUGGACCCUGAGGCUC